GUGAGGCAAGCUUUGAAUGACAGGGAAUACAUUUAUUUAAAAAAGGAGCCUUUGCCUGGAUUUUUGGCUACAGGAGAACCUUUGGCUCUCAGCCCUUGUCUGUCAUCAUGUUUACUGUAUGAAGAAACUGCGCUCAGACUGCAACAUGACAAAGAUGCAACAUCAGAAGGAAUCCUGUGCUCUCUUCAGGAAUGAGGGUGGCAGUAUGACAGGUAUGAAGAGUCUGUCCUUGUUGCAACAUGAGGUCAGCAGAAUCCAUCAUCUUUUAUUUCAAUCAAUCAUGCGCCAUCCCAACUCAAGGUGAAAGCCAUCAAAGUGUCGUUCCCCCAUCAUCAGUGAUUCACCAGAAACUCCGAGACACAGACGAGCAGAAAGGCAGCAUCAACAACUGAGUAAGAGGAGAAACGAGCAACAUGCUCGAAGAGAUUAAUCUGCUUUACUGCCAGUACUCUAGACUCAAAUGACUGGGAAUGAAGGAGGGUGGAGGGAUUCACAGUGAAAACAAGUCUCAGCCAUAAAACUGGCUCAUAAAAAUCAUCUGGCGGAAGGCUGAAACAGCCAAGAUAAAGUCCAUCUAAUCAAUACAAACAGAUAACUUAGUGAAACUUUGUUCAGAACAUGAACUGAACUGAAAGAGAACUGAAAAGAGGUGGGAUCUCCUGUGAGUUAAAGUCUCAAUCGAAGGGCGGGGUCAGUUCAGAUCCUUGAGGCAUUCAUCAUGCUGUGGGCUGUAAGUCUUUGCAUCCUCUGGGCCUCCUUCACCCUCGGAGUCCCGGUAAACAGAGAGAGGCAGAAGCUGCUGCUCAUAUCCUUCGACGGUUUCCGGUGGGACUACGACCAUGAUGUGGACACUCCAAACCUUGACCAGAUGGCCAUAGACGGAGUAAAGGCCCAUUAUGUUACUCCUCCAUACAUCACCGUCACCAGUCCUACGCACUUCACCCUCCUUACAGGCCGUUACAUUGAGAAUCAUGGGGUGAUCCACAACAUGUGGUUCAACACCACGACGAUGGAGAAGAAGCCCUACUAUCAGACCCAGUUUGUGAACGAGUGGUGGGACAACGGCACACUGCCAAUCUGGAUCACAGCGCAGCGACAGGGUCUGAAAGCUGGCUCUCUUCACUUUCCUGGAACAGCUUCCAGUUACCAGGGACAGGUUGCUAUGAUGCGCGAAGUGGAGCCCAUCCGUUACAACUACAAGAAUGAGACCGCUUGGUACGAGAACACAGACAAGGUGAUGGACUGGUUCAGAGAUCAGGAUCUGGACUUUGUGUCUAUGUACUUCGGUGAACCAGACGGCACCGGCCACAGAUACGGCCCUGACUCACCAGAACGCAGAGAGAUGGUGAAGCAAGUGGACAGAACCGUGGGCUACAUCCGAAACUCAACUGAAAAUCACGGGCUGACCAAACAACUGAACAUCAUCAUCACAGCAGACCACGGCAUGACUUCCAUCUAUCGUGGUGCUCAGCUGGAAGAAAUCACCCUGUCAAAAAUCCCUGGAUUUAACUUUCAAGAUGUGUCCUUCCACCUGUUGGACUACGGACCAUCCGGGAUGCUGCUGCCUAAGCCCGGAAAGCUGGAGACGGUUUACAACGCCCUGAAGGGGGCUCACCCACACCUGCAUGUGUAUAAGAAGGAGGAGAUGCCGGAGCACCUUCACUUCUCAAACAAUGACCGCAUCCCGCCCAUCAUUUUAUGGACUGACCCUGGAUACGUUCUCAAUGGGUAUUUCCCAGUUCAGUUCAACAAAGGAGAGCAUGGCUUUGACAACCAGGAGAUGGACAUGAAGCCCUUCUUCAGGGCCGUGGGUCCGGCUUUCCACAAGAACCUCGAAGUGGGGCCGUUUGAGACGGUGAACAUCUACCCGCUGAUGUGUCACAUUCUGGGCAUCCAGCCUGAGCUCAACGACGGCCACCUGAGCGCCACGCAGCGCAUGCUGGUGACGAGCGCUGACGGUAAAACUGUUAAUUACUGGAAAAACGGCUUUAUUGGCCUCUCUGCAGUAGCUGGAUUUCUCCUAUUAGUUUUCACAGUAGCAACAUCAUACAAAAUCCUCCAGAGAAAACGAAAGAAUAAACGAUUGGAGAGUUCAACAGAAGAAGAGAAGACAAAAAAAACUUCACUCUGAUCGUCACAUAAAAAAAACUUUAUUCCUUCGCUCUGGACGGAGAAAUGUCUGCCUGUGGACAUUUUUCUCUCACAGCAUAAAUCACUGGGAAUUGUGGGACUGUGUGUAGAAAAUUACAGAGUUCUUGACAAAGACCACAAAUUAAGAAAUGUGGAAAUAAAUACAUGAAGUAGCUAUUUAGUUUAAUUUUAUGUGAGUCUACAGUACAUGGAUGUUUUGGAUAAUAAUGCUGCUCUCUUUCAUAUGUCUUAAUAUCUCUGUUGUAUCCUGUAAAAUAAACUGGUAAUUAAAUGAUGUCAAUUUAUUUAGUUUCAAGCAAAGGCAGAGACGUUUCUGCUGCAUUAAUUCAUCAGGUUUCCUGAAAAAGAAAAAAAAAAAUAAUUUUGUUUUUAAAUUUUUAUUAGUAGGCAACAAAUGAUCAUGUUUGUUUCAAUGAGCCUACGGUAGCUGCAGAGUGUCAUAUUUCAUAGUCUGAUUUACCCGCCUCGCUGUUUCACAGUCAAGCUGCGUCAAGAAUCAUAGCACUUCCGGUCAAGAAUGUCAAAAUUAAACCAAUUUAAUUAAACUAAAGACUAACUUUAAAUCUAUCGUUCAUAUCAAAAUGCCAGCUCUCUAAGCUUGUGUUACUCUAAUUUUCUUUGUCAUUUAUAGGUAUCAAUAAAAGUUUGUGCACUUCAGUUCUAUCAAAACCUUUAACUACUAAUAAAUUAAACUUAUUUCAUAUGUUAAAUAUAAUGUUUACUGACUAUAUGCUGUCAUAUAUAUGUUGUUAUUAAUGGAGGAAUAUUUAAUUUCAACUUUAAAGUAAAAUAAAGAGUUCAAAUAAUUCAGCA